UCCUACUGAAUCCUUUCAAGCAAAUUGCCAGUCAUUCCUAGGUGGGUGUUUCUUCAUCGUAGCAUUUCGGUUAGUUUCGUGUAGAUAGCGAUUGGUGUGGCGAGUUUUAAUGUAAAUAAGUAUAUAUCUAAUUAAAACAAUGGGAGCAGUACGAAUUAUUGAUGAUGAUCGUCACUUUAAUGACGAACUGGCUAAUGCCGGGCCGAAGCUCGUCGUUGUGGAUUUCACAGCAAGUUGGUGUGGACCCUGUCAGAGAAUUGCACCGGUGUUUGAACAGCUGUCGCUGAAGUAUCCCAGGGCGGUAUUUCUGAAAGUAGACGUAGACAAAUGCGGGGACACCGCCUCGGUGCAGAAUGUCCGCGCGAUGCCCACUUUUAUCUUCUAUCGCAGACGCACGAGGCUGGGUCUGUGCCAGGGUGCGGAUCCCGCGGGACUGGAAUCGAAGAUUCAACAAUUUUAUGACACCGGCGACUCCCAAGGCGAAACGGACGACUCGACCACAGAUCCCGUGUCCGGUCAUAUGGACCUGUCCAGUUUCAUAAUGAAACAGCAGUGCGAGUGUUUGAACGAGUCUGACCACCACACGUUCCCCCAGUGUUUGAACGCGGACGGCGGAUACCUUCAAAGCGACGAGGACGAGCAGCUGAUAAUGUCUCUCACGUUCUCGCAGCCCGUUAAGGUUCAUUCGCUCAAGAUCAAGGCGCCGGCGGAGACUGGACCGAAAAAUCUCAAACUGUUUAUCAAUCAGCCCAGAACAAUUGACUUCGAGAUGGCGAAUUCCAAUACGAGCGUUCAAAAUCUAACGGUGUCAGCCAAAGAUCUCGAGGAGGAGAAUCCGAUCCCGCUGCGCUACGUUAAGUUCCAGAAUGUGCAGAAUCUCCAAAUCUUUGUGUUGGAUAAUCAGAGCGGCGCGGAAACGACGAGAAUUGAUCAUCUAGUCGUGAUCGGUUCACCAAUUUCGACCACCAACAUGGGGGAAUUCAAGAGAGUGUCCGGAAAGAAAGGAGAGAGUCACUAAGCGACCUUCCUACAUGAAAUUAUCAGAGAUUUCGAUUUGCAUAUUAAUAUUCUUCCUCUCCCCACUUUUUUCUUAUCUUUUUGUAAAAUUCAAUGUAAUAAGAUUUGAGGUAAUAAAAUCUGAAUUUGAAUAGCUUGCAAA